UUUCUUACUUAGCCUUCCUUCCUCUCUUUCUCUGUCCCAAAUCUAUACGCGAACAUAUUCAUUUUCUCCUGUCUUCUGUUCUUGUCCUUCUCUUUAAUGAAUUUCUAUUGUCUCUCUGAAUCGCCUUCAGCUUUUCUGUUCUACCAGUUUUACUCUGUUUUGUGAUGCUUUGUCUGCAAUCCUCUGUGCCGUGUCAUCUUCAAAACCCGGUGUCCCCUGUUUUCUUGUUCAGUAAACUUUAAGAACGUUUCUUAGAUUUAGCUAAUUUCUGUGGUUAUCUAUAUUGUCAUACAAAGUCUUAUAUUGUAUCCUCUGGAUUGCUUUUAAUACCUCAUCAUGUUCAAUAUCUGGCUCAAACUGCAUGAAUACUUGUCAUAAAUUUGGAGGAAGAACCCGAAAAUUUUUUGCCAUUUCCCUUUGUGCAAGAAGGUGGAGGUGCGUGGGUCUGGAAUUGCGGUCUGGAGAAAUGAAGGAGAAGGCAGAUUCCCCAGUUGGGGUUCUUGAGGACUAUUUUAGGAGCUCAGAAUCAGACACAAGUUCUCCCAAGGAACCCACCAUAGAUUCUGAGGCUCAAGAUAAGUCAAAAUUUGCUUCCAAAUGGCGUGGAUUUCUCCAAAAUCUGACGAACAGGUCUAAAAAACCUGCGCCCACCAUGCAUCCUCCUCUCAGCGUCCUCAAGCUGUCUAAGAGAAUGAGCAGAAGCAUGAGAGAGACUAUAUUUCCAAGUUCCCGCUUAGGUGCAGAUUCGUCUCUCCACAAUUCACCAUGGAAGAUCUUCACUCAUAAGGAAAUUCUGCUUGCAACCAGUUCCUUCAGUCAAGAAAACCUUAUUGGGAAAGGUGGGUACGCUGAAGUCUACAAAGGGUGCUUGCCAAAUGGUCAGCUAGUAGCAAUUAAGAAGCUGACACGUGGAUCCCAAGAUGAGAUUAUUGGUGACUUCUUAUCAGAACUCGGCAUAAUGGCACAUGUUAAUCAUCCCAAUACUGCAAAGCUAGUAGGCUAUGGCGUUGAAGGAGGCAUGCACCUUGUUCUUGAAUUAUCAGAAAAAGGAAGCUUAGCUUCUGUGCUUCACGGCUCCAAGGAAAACCUUCCAUGGUGUAUUAGGUAUAGCAUUGCUUUAGGAACAGCCAAGGGUAUAUUAUAUCUCCACGAGGGAUGUCAAAGAAGAAUUAUCCACAGAGAUAUAAAGGCAGCAAAUAUCUUACUCACAGAGGAUUACGAGCCACAGAUUUGUGAUUAUGGACUAGCAAAAUGGCUCCCUGAGAACUGGACUCACCACACCGUUUCAAAGUUCGAAGGAACCUUUGGUUAUCUUGCUCCUGAGUACUUGCUUCAUGGCAUAGUAGACGAGAAAACAGAUGUAUUUGCUUUUGGUGUUCUGUUACUGGAACUGGUCACUGGCAGGCGAGCCCUUGAUUAUUCACAGCAAAGCCUUGUCUUGUGGGCAAAACCAUUGUUGAAAAAGAACAGAAUCAGGGAGUUGGUUGAUCCAUCGCUAGGUGAUGCGUUCGAUUGUCGGCAGAUGAAUCUCGUCCUAUUGGUCGCUUCUUUGUGUAUACACCGGUCUUCGAUUCGCAGACCCACCAUGAGACAGAUUGUGCAGCUUCUGAGUGGCAAUCUGAGCUGCUUCAAGAGCAUGAAGAAAAGUCGACUGCCAUUUUUCCGAAAGCUAUUCCAAGAAGAGCUUCUUGACCCUGAAUAAUGCGGAAGAGCCAGAAAUUUCAUGGGUCCUUUUGUUUUUUUCCCACCGCAGAAAACGGUCCCUGUUUUUCUGGGAAAAAAUCUUACCGCACUGAUGCGGUUGAAAAUCCUGCUCAAAGAUACAGUUUGAGAAGUUGCCUCGUCAAGCAUUUUCUCUUGCUCGGUACGUGAAGCAUAAGGAAAGCAAGCUUUUUAUUAGUCUUAGUUCGUGGGACAAAUUUUUGUAGAGUUCAGAGGAAGGAUGUUUGAGAUUUUUUUUUAAUCUUAUUUUGAACUCUACAGCAAUUUUAUGAUGAUUUUUUUUAAAAAAAAUAGAUCCAUCUCACAUCAUAUGUAUAUAUUUAGACUUUUUUUCCAUAGAAGAGAUAAAAUAUUAAGUUAUUUAAGGAAAAAA